AAACAACCCCGUUGCCUGUUAUCAAGCUAACUCUUUGCCCUAAGUGCCCGAAUUGAUUGUGGUCGGACAUCGUUCCCCGAGAAAGAAAGAAAAUGGAGCAUAACGGGUCUGCUUCCAACGCGGAUAGAAUCCACCAGAACCGUCUGUCCAGUGUUACAGAAGACGAAGACCAGGAUGCAGCUCUCACCAUUGUGACUGUGCUGGACAAGGUGGCCUCCAUGGUGGACCGUGUGCAGGCAAGCCAAAAGAGAAUAGAAGAGAGACAUCGGGAAAUGGGGAACGCAGUGAAGUCUGUCCAGAUCGACCUGUUGAAGCUCUCGCAGGCACACAGCAACACGGGCUACGUUGUUAACAAGUUGUUUGAGAAAACGCAGAAAGUCAGUGCCCACAUCAAGGACGUGAAGGCUCGAGUGGAGACGCAGCAAGUUCAUGUUACAAAGGUGGAAUCCAAGCAAGAGGAAAUAAUGAAGAAGAAUAAAUUCCGCGUGGUGAUAUUCCAGGAAGAGACUCGGUGCCCGACAUCCCUGUCUGUCGUGAAAGACCCAAACCUCACUGAGAAUCCAGAGGACGAAGACCCUCUCUUUGACGCCCCCAUUGACCUCUCUUCGGACGAAGAGUAUUACGUUGAAGAAAGCCGAUCGGCAAAGCUUAGAAAGUCAGGCAAAGUGCACAUCGAUAACAUCAGAAAGGCAUUUUCCAAAGAGAACAUGCAGAAGACCCGGCAGACUUUCGACAAGAAUGUGAGCAGGCUCAGAACUAGAAUAGUCACCCCUGAGCGGAGAGAGAGGCUGCGGCAGUCGGGGGAGAGGCUGCGGCAGUCGGGGGAGAGGCUCAAGCAGUCUUCUGGGGAGAGGCUGAGGCAGUCGGGGGAGAGGCUCAAGCAGUCUGGUGAGAGAUUUAAGAAGUCCAUUUCAAAUGCAGCUCCCUCGAGGGGAGCCUUUAAGAUGCGGAGCCUCCGAAAAGCUAAGGACCGAACUGGGGCUGAGGGCCAGGAGGGCAUCCAGGAGCUGGGUGUGGACAUCAUUGCCCGGAGUGAGGCUCUGAGCCCUGGAGAGCUCAGUGGGAUGGAAGGCGAGGAGGCCCGGGGGGUGUGUCCUUCCCACGAAAGAGGGGAGACCCCGACCCCUGAGCCUUUGAAAGUCACCUUCAAACCUCAGGUGAAAGUAGCGGAUGAUGAAUCUCUUCUGCUGGACUUAAAGCAGUCGGCCUAAAUAAGAAUUCAGUUUAUUUUGAGUGUAUAUCUGCCUGGUCAUGCAGUUCUAGUUGGAGUGUUGUCAUUAUUUGCAUUUUUAUGCCGUGUCAGAGGAUGCUGGGGGCCUUGGGGGAGCUCAUUGGAAAUGGGAUGAAAAGAGAAUUGUGUUUGUCCAUGAGCUUUUUGAAGCCCCCUCAUCCAGAAGUGCUAGAGUGACUUUAUUUGUUACGUUUUAAAAUCUGGAAGGGGACAUACAAAACGCAAGCCUGUAUUUCCUCAUGAAAAUCCUCUCCCUGGCCUGGGUGCUUAUGACGCCCGCAGCCUUUCUCUCCUGCCGCUCAUUUUCACGGCAGCCAUGGUUUUUAAUGUCGUGGUUUUUGUCUUUCUGUUGUUCCUUUGAAGACUGAGUUUCUAGCUAAGGCCAAUUAGGUGUUUGAUAGCCUAAAACAAAUGAAGGCAGGUGUGUGGCUGCCAGUUGAUGUGAACGCUUAAGUCUGGAUGCAGCCGGCUGAAGAGGUGAUGGGUCCUUGUGUGAAUUCCAUCGUCCGCGUGCUCACACCUCCAGAUUUGUUAGUAAAUGGUCAGUCAGCCUCCUUUUCCAUGCUUCUGCCUCCAGUCAUGGCAGUCUGGGCCUGUAGCAUCUGACGAGCGUCGUCAUACAGAGCAAGCCGCCAUCAUCUGGAGGAAGCACCUCGCUUGUCGUCUGCCUGUUCCCAUCACCCUUAGAGAGGCUGCGCCCGCCCUGCCCGAUUCAGAGGGUGGUGGUGAAGAUCGCAGGAGCCGUUUGCACUCCACAGGCUCAUCCAGAGAGAACAGGGGUUCUUUGAAAACAGAAUGGAAAUACACCUGCUGAAAACACCCCCGUGCCACCAACAUCGAGGGCUGCUCUGCAGAAGCCUCGUCCUAGAGUCAGGAGUGAAAAAGAAUCUUAAGACUGAAGGCAUACUUUUUAGGUUUGAGGUGGUUCUGAAACUGUUUCCUGGAAGACAGUUUUUCUUUCAUGUAAAUGUCUGCCUGUGGAGGUGUGGUAGCAGCGUGGAGCAGCCAUGUCUCGUAAAACAGCUGGGUCUUCACUCGCCCGGCGGCUGGGGGUGGGGGGCACGUGGAAAUGAUUUCAAAUAGUUUUAUGUUCCAGAGGGAAUCCCUCAGGACCCAUCUGAACAAAAACCCUGUUCGCAGUAGUUGUUGUAGCUGCUUUGCGAGGAAGCCAGCUCAGUCUUCUGAGAUUUAAGAGGAAAGAAAUGAUGGAAUUGUUGAACAGGAAGAGUUUGGGCAACCACUUUUCUCUCUUCUCCUUUUCAGAUCAGUUUUGGAUGGCUGUGUAGGAGUUAAAAUAAAUGCACGCACGCACUCUUACACACACAAGCUAGCCUUAAAACGCUUGGCUCAGUUAUUCACACAGUGGGGAGCUUGAUUCAUUUGUAUUCCUGCCUUAUUCUGCAUGAAUGCACACAAUCUUAAAUUGUUCAUCUUGGCUUUGUUUUCUUUUUUGUUUUGUUUUCCUUUUUAUACUGAGACCUAAAAUGUAUACAACAUCGAGCAAUACAUUGCGGAGAACAAUUUUUUUUUAAAGUUUGUACUACAGUUUAGAAAAAGUCUGGAUGGCUUAUGUCAUAAUAAACAUGAUUUUUAAAAGACA